AAGUCAUGCACGCGCCCCCCGCCUGUGGAAGGUGAGCGCGAGUGUCUAGAGGAGAGGACACGAGAAGGCGACUGCCUGGAUCGAUGGGAUUAAACUCCAAUUGAGUGAAAUUAACACAAAGGAGAGAAGCAGAGUCGGCGGGGACGGGACGCUGAGACGCCGACUUUACCGACUGAAUUUCGCCAGUUAUUUACGUAUUUAAACGAUAUACGAAGAGGAGUUAAUUGGUGAAAACCCUAAACUGACCCGCGUUGAGUAGGGUCCUGUAACCUGACUUUGCCUGACGCUGCGUUCUCUGAGAGAAUUAAGGAAAUAUGGAGUGACAUGCUGCAGAUUAGUUAGCGGAUUAGCGGCUUUGAGGACAUCCACCUCUGUGUGAGCACACAUUCCCUGUCCUGCUUCUGAAGCUCGGCUGCACAGCAGGAGCGCUGCAGCCAUGGCUGACCCAGGUAUGAUUAGCCUCUUUGGAGAUGAUGGGAAUCUGUUCUCGGAUGAGUUGGAGGGCCUGGGGGACUGUGGCUACCCCCAAGGUCAGGCAAAUCCCAUGAGUCAACAGAUGCCCCAUGAGCACCAAGGCUACGGGCAGCUCCCCUCUUCUCUUCACCUCUCCUCACCUGCUGUACCUGGACAGGCCAAGCUUGGCCACCAUUUUGACCACUUCAAUCAGUAUGAGCAGCCCAAGAUGCAUCCAAUGGACCAGCAGGGGGGCCGGAUGAUGGGGAACGGACCAGUAAAUGGCAUGUCCCCUCAUUCCCGCUAUCACGGUCCUCCGCCUGGUGCGGGAGGGUCUGCAGGGCAUCAUGUCUACCCGGGAGCACAAGGAGAUGGACUGAGCCAGUCAUUCCCAGAUGGCAGAAAUGCGUGGGGCGCUCAAGCAAUGCAAGUGCCCGAUCAAGCUAGACCCACUUUCCAGCAGCAACCACCACAAGCCUCGUCUCAUCAGCACGGCCCUGCCGGACCACAAGGACAUGCCCACCAAAUGGGCCCUUUUAUCGGCCGUGGUGACUAUGGCAUGCAGGGCCACAACCAGACCCAAACGCCUCCCAGAAUGAACCACUUUCCCCAAGGCCUCCCUCAGGAAGCCAAUCACUUCAUGGGUCAAGUGGGGAUGACUCAGAAUCCUGGCAUGUCGGGACCCCCCAUGCGUCACCCGGCACAGCCUCCUCAGCAGCAUCAGCAACCCAAUCAGCAAUUUCUCCACAGGCCUGGCCAGGGUCCGGUUCAUCCGGAGACUGUCGCCAGCCACAACCCACAGUUCCCACAAAGCCCUUCACGGCAGCAGCAACAACAGCAGCAGCAGCAGGUCAUGGGCGGAAGACCCCUCCAAAACAUGGGAUAUAACAUGCACAACCAGCAAGUCCCUUCCAACACUGUAAACAGCUCAGGGCAGUACCCUCCCUAUCCUUCGUACGGCAACCUUAAUCAGGGAUUAGCCAACACUUCAGGGAUGAGUCCCAAUUUGAGCCUUACCACCAGCAGCAACAGCAACCCUAAUGCUACCGUGACCCUGGUGCAGCGCUACCCUGUCCCGACAGGGCCCCAGCACUAUCCAACACCUGGAGCUCAACAGGGACCAAUGCACCAGCAGCCCAUUCUUGUGAACCAAAUCAACACCCAGCCUAUGCAUCCAACUCAGAACCAGGCUACAGCCCAGCAGAAGCUGCAGCAACAGCAUUUACCGCCUCCACCUCAGGGAUCAUACGCCUCGCCUCCUUCCAUGUCGCCCAUGAGGAACCUGGCUACCACUGCAGGCACCCCUCCUCCCCAGCAGGGCCGCCCACCCAGUGCAGGUUUGGGAACUGAUGUGGGCGGCUACCCCGGCGUGCCGCAUCAAUCUCAAGGCCCAAUGGCUCAUGCCCAGAGAGGAGCCUGCCCCAUGAAUGCAGCUCAGCAGCAUCCCCACCAACAGCUGCCAUCACAUCCCUCACACCCACAUCCUCCACCAACCCAGAUGUACGCUGCUUUGUCACCUAGUCACAGGGCCACGGGCGCUCAAGGAAGACCUCCAGCAGGACCGGGUGCGAACCACACAGAGCCGCAGGACCAGAGGCUGCUUGCCCAACAAGCCCAGCGCCAGCAGCUGCAGACGCCCCCAUUGCCUUUCCAGCUGCAGCAGGUGCACACCCCUCCCUCGAUUCCCCUGUCACAAACACAGCAGGCAUGGGCACCUCCUCACCAGUCGCCUCCACCCAUGCAGAAAGUGCCUCACAUGCAGCUGUUUGUUUCCUCCUCGCUGCAUAUCCUGGCCCUCCCCAAGACACAGGCGCCACAGUGCUAAUCUCCUAACCCCCACCCCUCCCCCCCUUCCCACUCUGAAGGGGAAAUGCUCCCUUCCUGCUCGCAGUAACCAUCACACUCCUCCCCCGUCUGCACUCCUUCCGUUCCCCUCUUGCUCUUGCUCAGUCUGUGUCUGCAUAAUUUCUGUCUCUCUCUCACUCUGCUCUUUCUGUUUGCUUUGCCUGUCUCAGAGGACUCAUGCGUGAGUUAAUGGCGUACAGCAGGAUGCCUUCUGUUGGGAGGGUGGUGGAGUUAGCCAGUGGGAAAGGGAGGUUAGCAGCUCAAUAGCUGCGUGUGUCACGUGCUUCUGAUGCCAUUAGUUUGUUUUGCUCUGAAAGCCUCUUUCUCUGGUGACCCAUUCACACACAAUGGCUGCUGUUAUUCCAGCAUGCACAUCCUGCACAUAGCAUUUUUAUGUCUCUUUAUCUCACUCAUACCACUGUUGACAACCAUGGCUCAAUGUCAGUGGUGGUGUCUGGCUGAUUGUGUGAUGAUAUAUAGUUUUGUGGUUGACAUUUAAGAUCAGUCAGUAUUAAUUCAUACACCUCAAUUGUGACCUAGAUGAAGCGCAUAGACUUAAGUCGACUGCUUUCACUGUAGCUAAUAAGCCAUCUUGUUUUUGUGCCAAUCAUGAAUUGCCUAAAGACAUUUAAUCCUAACAUCUUUUCUAUCUACUAUGGUGUGAUUUGAUUUGAAGUUGGCAUGAAAUAAAAAUUCAACCUAUUUUCUAUAUGUUGCUGAU